GACAGUUAUGGCGGGGCUGAGCAGCUCUCAGAUCCCCGACGGUGAGUUCACGGCGGUGGUGUACCGGCUCAUCCGCGACUCCCGCUACUCAGAGGCCGUGCAGCUGCUGGGCGCCGAGCUGCAGAAGAGUCCCCGCAGCCGCGCCGGGCUGUCGCUGCUGGCCUACUGCUACUACCGCCUGCAGGAGUUCGAGCUCGCUGCGGAGUGCUAUGAGCAGCUGAGCCAGAUGCACCCGGAACUCGAGCAGUACCGCCUCUACCAGGCCCAGGCGCUGUACAAGGCCUGUCUGUACCCAGAAGCCACGCGGGUCGCCUUCCUCCUCGACAAUCCCACCUACUAUAGCCGGGUCCUUCGUCUCCAGGCUGCAAUCAAGUACAGCGAGGGCGACCUGCCAGGAGCCAGGAGCCUGGUGGAGCAGCUGCUGAGUGGGGAAGCUGGAGAAGACAGUGGAGGGGAGAAUGAUCCAGAUAGUCUGGUCAACAUGGGUUGUCUGCUCUACAAGGAGGGACACUAUGAAGCUGCCUGUUCCAAGUUCUUUGCAGCUUUGCAGGCUUCUGGCUAUCAGCCUGAUGUAUCUUACAACCUGGCUUUAGCUUGUUAUAGCAACAGGCACUAUGCCCCAGCUCUGAAGCAUAUUGCCAACAUCAUUGAGAGAGGCAUCCGUCAGCACCCAGAGCUAGGUGUGGGCAUGACCACUGAAGGCAUUGAUGUUCGAAGUGUGGGCAACACUGUAGUCCUUCACCAGACCGCUCUGGUUGAAGCCUUCAACCUCAAGGCAGCCAUAGAGUACCAACUGAGAAACUAUGAGGCAGCUCAGGAAGCCCUCACUGACAUGCCACCCAGAGCAGAGGAAGAGUUGGACCCUGUGACCCUGCACAACCAGGCUCUGAUGAACAUGGAUGCCAGGCCCACAGAGGGCUUUGAGAAGCUCCAGUUUCUGCUCCAGCAGAACCCCUUCCCCCCAGAGACCUUUGGCAACCUGUUGUUGCUCUACUGUAAAUAUGAGUAUUUUGACCUGGCAGCUGAUGUCCUGGCAGAAAAUGCCCAUUUGACUUACAAGUUCCUCACACCCUAUCUCUAUGACUUCUUGGAUGCCAUGAUCACUUGCCAGACAGCUCCUGAAGAGGCUUUCAUAAAGCUAGAUGGGCUGGCUGGCAUGCUGACUGAGCAGCUCAGGAGACUCACUAAGCAAGUUCAAGAAGCAAGACAUAACAGAGAUGAUGAAGUUGUCAUAAAGGCUGUGAAUGAAUAUGAUGAAACUCUUGAGAAGUAUAUCCCUGUACUGAUGGCCCAGGCAAAAAUCUACUGGAAUCUUGAAAAUUAUCCAAUGGUGGAGAAGAUCUUCCGCAAAUCCGUGGAAUUCUGUAAUGAUCAUGAUGUGUGGAAGUUGAAUGUGGCCCAUGUUCUCUUCAUGCAGGAGAACAAAUACAAAGAGGCCAUUGGUUUCUAUGAGCCCAUUGUCAAGAAGAAUUAUGAUAACAUCCUGAAUGUCAGCGCUAUUGUGUUAGCCAACCUCUGUGUCUCCUAUAUUAUGACAAGUCAAAAUGAGGAAGCUGAGGAACUGAUGAGGAAGAUUGAAAAGGAAGAAGAACAGCUCUCCUAUGGUGACCCAGACAAGAAAAUCUACCACCUUUGCAUUGUGAAUCUGGUGAUAGGAACACUUUAUUGUGCCAAGGGAAACUAUGACUUUGGCAUCUCUCGAGUUAUCAAAAGCCUGGAGCCUUACCAUAAAAAGCUGGGAACUGAUACAUGGUAUUAUGCCAAAAGAUGCUUCCUGUCUUUGCUAGAAAACAUGUCAAAACACACAAUCAUGCUGAGGGACACUGUUAUUCAAGAAUGUGUCCAGUUUCUAGAGCACUGUGAAAUCUUUGGCAGAAACAUCCCUGCUGUCAUAGAACAGCCUUUGGAGGAAGAGAGAAUGCACAUUGGGAAGAACACAGUCACAUAUGAGUCCAGACAAUUGAAAGCUUUGAUUUAUGAGAUCAUAGGGUGGAAUAUGUAG